AUGCUGGCAAUUAAAGUUAAACCCCUCGGGGACACAAAGGUGUUUGAGCCUAUACAGGUGGGAAAGAAUACUCUUUCCAAUAGACUUUUCAUGUGCCCAACUACAAGACUCAAGGCUUUAGAAGACGGUACUCCAUCGAAUUUGGCAUUGCAACUCUAUGACGAAAGAAGCAAGUUUCCCGGCUCGCUCGUGACUACUGAAGGAACUUUCACUUACGAAGAGGGUCAAGUAUGGGAAAGAACUCCAGGAAUUUAUACUGAAAGACAUAUUGAAGCAUGGAAAAAAAUUGUCGAUAAAGUUCAUGAAAACAAAUCUUUCAUUUCACUCCAGUUGUUCAAUUCGGGCCGUGUAGCCGACCCAACCAUUGCAGACAACAAGAAUCAUCCAUUUGUUGCUCCAUCGGCUAUUUACCAUGAUGAGGAAACGAAAAAAGCUGCCAUUGCUGCUGGCAAUCCUUUGCGAGAAUUAACCUUGGAUGAAAUCCACGAUAUUAUCAACAACAAGUACCCCAAAGCUGCCCAUAAUGCUCUUAGAGCCGGGUUCGACUAUGUCGAAGUCCACGCUGCAAACGGCUACCUUCCCAACCAAUUUAUUGACGUUGCCAGUAAUCAGCGCACAGACCAAUAUGGCGGUUCGAUUGAAAAUAGAGCCAGGUUUGUGUUGGAAAUCAUUGACAAAUUGACUGCUGAGAUUGGUGCCGACAAGAUUGGGCUCAGGAUUUCUCCAUGGUCGACAUUCCAGGGCAUGCUGACCAAAGGUGCAGAGAUCGAUCCAUUGACCACUUACAGUUACAUUUUACACGAAUUGGAAAAAAGAGCUCAGAAGGGAAAUAGGUUGGCGUAUGUGUCCAUUAUCGAGCCUAGAGUUGAUGGAAACUCCACUGUCAAGAAAGAACACCAAGUUGGUGACAAUUCGUUUGUCUACGAUAUUUGGAAGGGCACAGUUUUGAGAGCGGGUGGAUACACUUAUGAUGCCCCAGAAUUCAAACGAGUUGAAACCGAUCUUGCCAACGAUAGAACAGUCAUUGGUUUCUGUCGUUACUAUAUCUCCAAUCCAGAUUUGGUUGAAAGGCUUAAAAAUGGCUGGGAUCUCCAACCAUACGACAGGCCCUCUUUUUAUAGAAGCGACGAUUACCGCUACAAUACCUAUUCGUUCCAUGGAGAGCCCCCUAGAGACGAGGAAUCCGGCAAGAAUAGAAAGCCUGAGCCAAUUGCUGCUUAA